AUGUCUGCCUUUGCGUUCGGCGGCGACGCCAACAAGGCAAUGAAAAUCAUGGAAGCAGCACAGUGGAACAACGAAGCCAAUCAGCUUGAAGCCCGUGGUGAUUUUGCCGGCGCAGAGAAUUUAUUUUUGAGAUCCCUCGCGAGGAAAAUCGAAACUACCGGCGAGGAUUCAAUCCAGACUGCUCUUGCGAAAAAUGCGUUGGGAGAAUUAUAUUUGAAGAUGGAGGGCAAAUUGGAUGAUGCACAUAAGAUGCUGGAGGAUGCUGAUAGGGUUAGGAGUGUCAUUGAUGAUUUUGACGCAGCUUGCACUCGUGAUAACCUUGGUCAGUUAUGGGAAAUCAAGGGCGAUGUCGUGAAGGCGAGAGAGUUCCGAGAAAGAAAUCCGGAGAACAUGAUUUGUUCGAACUUCAAGUGUCCACUCAGUAGCAUGAACGUCAAGUCAAAGCAGGAUGAACUCAGGAACUGUGCCAGAUGCAGGUGUACAUGGUAUUGCAGUGGAGAAUGUCAAAAAGUGGAUUGGAAGACGAGACACAAGCGGUGGUGUAAGAUGCCCACGGCGGAGAGUGCUCAGAGAACUAGUGCCAGUGGAUAG